AUGUCGUCUUUUUGCUCAUCGUUUCAGUUGUCAAAAACGACCCACGCGGUCGUAGUGAAAUUGCUAUUAUUAACCGCGGUGGUGUUUUGUGUUACCCAAAAUUUGGGCGUUUGCGGUUACGAAAGUGAUCAAUGGGUCCGGUUGUGUACGUUGACGAGUAAUGGAAGUUCUCUGUUGAAUGUGACGAUGCCGUGUGGGGUUCACGUAAGAAGCGAUGAACCUAAAGAUGAUUCUAAAAACAACACUGAAAUAUCAGAAAACUGGAGCGAUGGAGACGAUUCGGUGGAAUACGUGAAAAUUACACUAGAUGGCGGCCGAAACACUAAUACUGCAGAGAAAUCCUCCGAUAUUAUGACUACCACACAAGAUACUGAUUCUACUAUCAAACACUCCGAUGAUAAAACCAGUGAAGAAGAAGUAGAUGUAAAAGAAGAAGUCGAUGUAGAAGAAGGAGGAGAUGUAGAAGCAGCAGGAGGAGACGUAGAAGAAGCAGGAGGAAACAUAGAAGAAGCAGGAGGAAACAUAGAAGAAGAAGAUGGAGAUGCAGGUGUUGCUGUCGAAGAUGACAAUGAUGAUCGUGAUGUAGAAAUUGAUAGCGUUGAUAAUAACGAAGACCAAUCGACGCUUAACGAAGAAGUCACAGUUAAUACAGGAGUUAAUGGAGGUGCUUCGAACGAGAAUGAAGACGAUAUUAGUGACGUGAGAGACCAACUUAAAAAUCAAAAACGUCCGCACGCCGUGACCAAGGUGAUACUCGGGUACCUGUUGAAUGCCCGAAAUCAAUUAUACGAAAAGAUACAUUAUUUGUUAAAUUUACUUCAACGGACAUUUUUCAAUAGGAAACUUAAUUGUCGACGUCGCCGUAAUUCAAUUGAACUACCAAGUUUAUUAAAUAACAAGAGGAAACAAGAGAAUAAAAAAAACCCAUCGCUUUCUUCUGUGAUCUUAGAACCAACAUUUGAACGUUCAAUAAUGACUAUGUCAUUUUUAAUGUUUGGUGUAUUCGUCAUCCAAGUGAUACAGAAAUUAAUGCAAACGAUACAACACCCUGGUGAAACUUCAUUUAUGGGUAAUUCAAUAUUUGGUAACCUACUAAAAUUGCCGUCGGACAUAUUUUAAACAUAAUAAUUAAAGUGUAUAUAAUAAG